GACUGCUGGCCGUGGAUCCAUUUCACAGGCCUGCCUUCUCUCACUAACGCUCUUCCUCGUCCCCGGGCCAACUCGGACAGUUUGCUCAUUUAUUGCAACGGUCAAGGCUGGCUUGUGCCAGAGCGGCGCGCGCGCGCGCACGCACACACAAGGGGGGAAACUUUUUUAAAAAUGAAAGGCUAGACGAGCUCAGCGGCGGCGCGGGCGCUGCGCGAGGGCUCCGGAGCUGACUCGCCGCGGCAGGAAAUCCCUCCGGUCGCGACGCCCGGCCCCGGCUCGGCGCCCGCGUGGGAUGGUGCAGCGCUCGCCGCCGGGCCCGAGAGCUGCUGCACGGAAGGCCGGCGACGAUGGCAGCGCGCCCGCCGCCCGUGCCCCCCGCCCACGCCCUCCUGCUCGCCCUGGCCGGGGCUCUGCUCGCGCCCCACGAGGCCCGAGGGGUGAGCUUAUGGGACCAAGGAGGAGCUGUUGAAGUUGUCAGUGUCUCUGUUCGCAGUGGAGACCUCUGGAUCCCCGUGAAGAGCUUCGACUCCAGGAAUCAUCCAGAAGUGCUGAAUAUUCGAAUACAACUGGAAAGCAAAGAACUGAUCAUAAAUCUGGAAAGAAAUGAAGGUCUCAUUGCCAGCAGUUUCACGGAAACCCACUAUGUGCAAGAUGGUACUGAUGUCUCCCUCGCUCGAAAUUACACGGGUCACUGUUACUACCAUGGACAUGUACGGGGAUAUUCUGAUUCAGCCGUCAGUCUCAGCACCUGUUCUGGUCUCAGGGGACUUAUUAUGUUUGAAAAUGAAACCUAUGUCUUAGAACCAAUGAAAAAUGCAACCAACAGAUACAAACUCUUCCCAGCGAAGAACCUGAAAAGCAUCUGGGGAUCAUGUGGAUCACAUCACAACACAUCAAGCCUCACUGCAGAUCAUGUGUUCCCACCGCCCUCUCAGACAUGGGCAAGAAGGCAUAAAAGAGAGACCCUCAAGGCGACCAAGUAUGUGGAGCUGGUGAUCGUGGCGGAUAACCGAGAGUUUCAGAGGCAAGGAAAAGAUCUGGAAAAAGUUAAGCAGCGAUUAAUAGAGAUUGCUAAUCACGUUGACAAGUUUUACAGACCACUGAACAUUCGGGUCGUGUUGGUAGGCGUGGAAGUGUGGAAUGACAUCGACAAAUGCUCUAUAAGUCAGGACCCGUUCACCAGCCUCCAUGAAUUUCUGGACUGGAGGAAAAUGAAGCUUCUACCUCGCAAAUCCCAUGACAACGCGCAGCUUGUCAGUGGGGUUUAUUUCCAAGGGACCAUCAUCGGCAUGGCCCCAAUCAUGAGCAUGUGCACGGCGGAACAGUCUGGGGGAAUUGUCAUGGACCAUUCAGACAGCCCCCUUGGUGCAGCCGUGACCCUCGCACAUGAGCUGGGCCACAAUUUCGGGAUGAAUCAUGAUACACUGGAGAGGGGCUGUAGCUGUCAAAUGGCGGCUGAGAAAGGAGGCUGCAUCAUGAACCCUUCCACCGGGUACCCAUUUCCCAUGGUGUUCAGCAGUUGCAGCAGGAAGGACCUGGAGACCAGCCUGGAGAAAGGAAUGGGGAUGUGCCUCUUUAACCUGCCGGAAGUCAGGGAGUCUUUCGGGGGCCAGAAGUGUGGGAACGGAUUUGUGGAAGAUGGAGAGCAGUGUGACUGCGGGGAGCCGGAGGAAUGUAUGAAUCGCUGCUGCAAUGCCACCACCUGUACCCUGAAGCCAGACGCUGUGUGCGCACACGGGCUGUGCUGUGAAGACUGCCAGCUGAAGCCUGCAGGAACGGCAUGCAGGGACUCCAGCAACUCCUGUGACCUCCCGGAGUUCUGCACGGGGGCCAGCCCUCACUGCCCAGCCAAUGUGUACCUGCACGACGGGCACCCAUGUCAGGGUGUGGACGGCUACUGCUACAAUGGCAUCUGCCAGACUCAUGAGCAGCAGUGUGUCACGCUCUGGGGACCAGGUGCUAAACCUGCCCCUGGGAUCUGCUUUGAGAGAGUCAAUUCUGCAGGUGAUCCUUAUGGCAACUGUGGCAAAGUCUCGAAGAGUUCCUUUGCCAAAUGCGAGAUGAGAGAUGCUAAAUGUGGAAAAAUCCAGUGUCAAGGAGGUGCCAGCCGGCCAGUCAUUGGUACCAAUGCUGUUUCCAUAGAAACGAACAUCCCCCUGCAGGAGGGAGGCCGGAUUCUGUGCCGGGGGACCCACGUGUACUUGGGCGAUGACAUGCCGGACCCUGGGCUUGUGCUUGCAGGCACAAAGUGUGCAGAUGGAAAAAUCUGCCUGAAUCGUCGAUGUCAAAACAUCAGUGUCUUUGGGGUUCAUGAGUGUACAGUGCAGUGCCAUGGCAGAGGGGUGUGCAACAACAGGAAGAACUGCCACUGCGAGGCCCACUGGGCACCUCCCUUCUGUGACAAGUUUGGCUUUGGAGGAAGCACAGACAGCGGCCCCAUCCGGCAAGCAGAUAACCAAGGUUUAACCAUAGGAAUUCUGGUGACCAUCCUGUGUCUUCUUGCUGCUGGAUUUGUGGUUUAUCUCAAAAGGAAGACCUUGAUACGACUGUUGUUUACAAAUAAGAAGACCACCAUUGAAAAACUAAGGUGUGUGCGCCCUUCCCGGCCACCCCGUGGCUCCCAACCCUGUCAGGCUCACCUCGGCCACCUCGGAAAAGGCCUGAUGAGGAAGCCUCCAGAUUCCUACCCACCGAAGGACAAUCCCAGGAGAUUGCCACAGUGUCCGAAUGUUGACAUCAGCAGACCCCUCAACGGCCUGAAUGUCCCUCAGCCCCAGUCAACUCAGCGAGUGCUUCCUCCCCUCCACCGGGCUCCGCGUGCACCCAGCGUCCCUGCCAGACCCCUGCCAGUCAACCCUGCACUUAGGCAGGCCCAGGACCAACCACGGCUAAUCCAAGCCAGGACAGGGGUGCAGUUGCCUAGGCCAUGCUUCCUGCUCUCCCUACAACUGGGAAUACCAUAAAAUAGACAUGACAAUUACCGGGAAGGAAGCAGUCCACAAGCUUAUAAUCACAGACAUCACCACACAGUGCCUAUCAACAGCCACAGUGGACCUAAGAGGGCAAAUCAAGAUGCCAUAAAACUACAGUACCUGAGAAAGCCAAGCCUGGAAGACACAAAGAAAAAGAAGAGCUACCAAGUAGCAUGACAGUAUGAAGACCGGACACCUGUGUUAGUCUCGCAUUGCUAUAAAGAAAUACCUAAGACUGGGUAAUUCAUAAAAGAGUUUCCAUUGGCUUACAGUUCCAUAGGUUGUACAGGAAGCAUAGCAGCACAUGCUUCUGGGAAGGCCUCAGGAAACUUACAAUCAUGGCAGAAGCGGAAGCAAGCACUUCACGUGGCUGGAGCAGGAGAAAGAGAAAAGGGGGAGGUGCUAAACCAUUCAGGAAGGAUCUGCCUCCCUGAUCUAGUCACCUCCCACCAUGCCCCACCUUCAACUUUGGGGAUUACAAUUUGACAUGAGACUGGGACAGGAACACAGAUUCAAACCAUCUCAACGCCCACCUCCACAACUCUCAGCAGAUUCUGCCCAGUCCCUGAGGCCCUGAGACAUUAGAUGGGUUGGAGGCACACAGCUGGAGCAAGGGACAUAUGGGGAGUAAGGCAAAGCAGCUGCCCAGCAGCAGGACGCUGGGAAAACAGGGACAACGGGCAAAAGGAAUCACCUUUUACAACUUCUCCUUAGUCCACUAGAAAGGCAGAGACCUCAAUCCCAACCUCUGCUGGGAAGCUAACCCCAUGGUGUGGGGGAGCCAGCUCACCCUGGUUGCUGAGAGCUAACAAAUUUCCAGGAAUUUAAACCUAGCCAAUAGUAAGGAUUCAGUUAUACAAAUUUAUACGUUAUAUUAGAAACAAAGGUAAUAAGUGCUCAAAACUCCAUGUUUUAAUCUCCAUUUUGCUGUAAUUAUCCGUGCUCUUGAGAUUGCACUUGACCAUCAUUUCUGUAUGGCAGAAAACCUAGGUCAUGGUAGCUGCCUGCAUCUCUUCCAUGUUUAGUGACAUCAGGCAGUAGCUUGAAAUCAGCCACAGGGGGAGUAUUUACACCAUAGAAAUUGGCAAACACUGCAAAUCAGGCUUUCCUGCCCCCAACCCCAUGGACUGUUAAACAUUUACCAACACGCAGCUGAGUUAAACCCAAGCCAAAGUACUCUUCUGACACACAUGCCCUCUUGGCAGGAAGCCUGCUUUAUGAGCUCAAAAGAACCAAAGGUACUGUGUUGGCCAGGCCCUGGGUUCAGGAUCUCUGAAGGAGAAGACACACUGGAGUGAUUUCAUUACAGCUCUUGGGAAGAAUGUUUGGCCUGUGAAAGAAAGAGCUGCCUAAUAAAUCUCAGAGAUAAAGGCGGUCAAAGGGUCAGGACAAUUGCUUAAUUCCCGACUGCAUAGAGAAAAAUUGCAUAGCAUCUUAAUUAUUUCAUUGUGGUUUGCAUGUUGAUCUUGAAGUUAUUGUUCUUGUUCUAUUUGAGGAAGAAACACUACAUGAACACAAUGAGGGGAAGCCUUUUUUCGGAAAUGCCCUCAAGCCGUGGCUGAUCUUACCUCUGUCAGUUGCUGAUUUUGGUCCUGUCCUGCACAUUUCAUUUUUGAGGGAUACUGGGUGCCCACCUUUGCUCCCUGUGCUCUGGAGCUGUGCUGCGGGAUACAGGAACUGCUAGGCAUGUUGUGCCUGGUAAAAAUCUUACUGUAUUUUGAAGACUUAGUACCCUAAAAUGUCAACUAUCAUUUUUUUUUCUAUUGAUGACCUGUUGAAAUAAUCCUCUAGGUGUCCUGAGUUAAAUGUAUUACUAGAGUUAAUUUCACCUCUCUCUUUACUUUUUUCAUGUAGCUACUAGAAAAAUUUCUUGCGUAGCUCACAUUUUUUCUGUGGGACAGUGCUGUUCUAGAGCCGACUUGUGGGUGGGAAGUGCAGCUUUGGAGAGCUGCCGUUAUGAGGGGCAGUGCUACGUGACACAGAAAACCCUUCAGCCUGUCAGAAUACAUCUCCAGCCCCAGACCUCUCUAUCCUCAGAAUCACUUCUCAAGGGCUCUGAUCUUUCUUUUCCUCCUCUCUUCAUUCAGACCUGCUCCACAAUAUCCACACCAAGUGCCCAGAUCUACCCACACCGCCUACAUUAAGUGAGAAGCCGAUACCUUUUUUCAACAGUGAAGACAGAAGUUUGCACUAUCUUUCAGCUCCAGUUGGAGUUUUUUUUGUACCAACUUUUAGGAUUUUUUUAAUGUUUAAAACAUCAUUACUAUAAGAACUUUGAGCUACUGCCGUCAGUGCUGUGCUGUGCUAUGGUGCUCUGUCUACUUGCUCAGGUACUUGUAAAUUAUUAAUUUAUGCAGAAUGUUGAUUACAGUGCAGUGCGCUGUGGUAGGCAUUUUUACCAUCACUGAGUUUUCCAUGGCGGAAGGCUUGUUGUGCUUUUAGUAUUUUAGUGAACUUGAAAUAUCCUGCUUGAUGGGAUUCUGGACAGGAUGUGUUUGCUUUCUGAUCAAGGCCUUAUUGGAAAGCAGUCCCUCACCUACCCCCAGCUGUGCUUAUGGUACCAGAUGCAGCUCAAGAGACCCCACCCAAGUGGAACCUCAGUUGAUUUUCUAGAUUCCCUAUCUCAGGCCAGAGCCAAGGGGCUUCAGGUCCAGGCUGUGUUUGGCUUUCAGGGAGGCCCUGUGCCCCUUGACAACUGGCAGGCAAGCUCCCAGGGACAGCUCUGGGAUAGCAGGUAGAAAUCUGGCUUCUGGCCAGGAAGUUUUGGAGAGAACCUGGGUUGCAGACAGGAAUUUUAAGGUGUAGCCACACCAGGAUAGAGACUGGAACACUAGACAGGCUGGAACUUGACCCUGAGUUGACCAGCCAUGAGCAUGUCUGGCUCAAGGCUGUGCUUGAUAGAAAUGCCAAGCACUUCUUUUUCUGGCUGUCCUUUCUAGAGCACUGCCACCAGUAGGUUAUUUAGACUGGGAAAGGUGGUGUUUCUACAAGAAACCUACUGCCCAGGCACUGCAAACCACCACCUCCCUGUACUGCUUGGAGCCGAGCAAAUCACCACAAACUGUAACACAACGAUCAUAUAUUCAGACAGAUGAGGCUUUCCAUGGGACCACAACUAUUUUCAGAUGUGAACCAUUAACCAGAUUUAGUCAAUCAAGUCUGUCAAUAAAAAAAUCUCCUUUUACUGCAAAGUUCAACUUAUUGAAAAUUAGGCAGACUCUUUAUGCUUGCAAAAACUGCAACCAAAUGGAAUAUGAUAUUCAUGGGUAUAGCUCACGUCUGCUAUCAUUAUUCGUAGAUAUUGGACAAAGAGCCUUCUCUAUGGGGCAUCCUCUUUUUCCAACUUGGCUGCAGGAAUCUUUAAAAGAUGCUUUUAACAGAGUCUGAACCUAUUUCUUAAACACUUGUAACCUACCUGUUGAGCAUCACAGAACAUGAUAAAGAAAUCAACCUGCUUAUCAACUUCCUAAAUAUGUGUGAGAUGCUGGCUUGGGCAGCAUCCCCUUGAACUUUUCACUCUUCAAAUGCCUGACUAGGGAGCCAUGUUUCACAAGGUCUUUAAGAUGACUAAUGGCAUGAGAAAUACAAAAAUACUCAGAUAAAGUAAAAUGUCAUGAUGCCUCUCACUUUUGGAGUGAGAAGUGUCUUCUGGAGGGGUCAUGUAUGACUGGUUUUCACAUUAGGAGACAAUUGACAACAGUUACAUAAUUCACUCUGAGUGUAUUAUGAGAAGGGCUUCUUUUGGGGGUCAACAGUUUUCCUAUGCCUUGAAACAGAAAGAAAAAUAUGUACCAAGAAUCUUGGUUUGCCUUCCAGAAAACAAAACUGCAUCUCACUUUCCCGGUGUUCCCCACUGUUAUCUAGGCAACAUAGUAUUCAUGACUAUGGAUAAACUAAGUAAACAUGUGACACACACACACACACACACAAAAGGGAACCCAGCUCUAAUACAUUCCAACUCUUAUAGCAUGCAUCUGUUUAUUCUAUAGUUAAGUUCUUAAAAAUGUAAAGCCAUGCUGGAAAAUAAUACUGCUGAGAUACAUACAGAAUUACUGUAACUGAUACUACACUUGGUAAUUGUACUAAGGCCAAACAUAUAUAUAUAUAUAUACUAUUAAAAAGGUUUACAGAAUUUUAUGGUGCAUUAUGGGGGCAUUGUCUUUUUAGAUGCCCAAAUCCUUAGAUCUGGCAUGUUAGCCCUUCCUCCUAUUAUAAGAGGAUAUGAAUUGAGUUUUAUCUUUUGUUUUUUGUUCUUAGCUGUAAUUCCUAUGCUUCUAUUUCAGAGAGCCAGGAAGAGUUUGAUAUUAAAGGAGGUUAAAACUGUGAUCUUAUGCCAUGUCAUCAAUGGCCACUUAGAGGCCGUGGCUGAUGAUACAUUCUUAUCGCUACAGUACUAAUUUGUUUUUAUAGAGCCAUGCAUUUUAUUUCUGAAUAAGAACAUAUUUAAACUAAUAUUCCCUUACAAUACAGACAGUAUUAAUCCUUCCAAGAUGCAAUAUUUAUCAAGUGAAGCAUAUUUAACAGCAAAUUCCAUUAUAACGUAACUUAGGAGACAAACCAAUAACCAGGGUGUUUUGUGGUGGGGGGAGGCAGGGGGGUGGAGUACUUUUUUAUGUCCUCAAAACAACAACAAAAAAAUUAAUACUUACAUAUUUCAAUGGCAAUCUAGUAUUUUUUUAAAGAUUGUAUAGGCAUGAAUAACAGAGGUGGUUUGAGUUUUAUAAGGCCAUCACCUGGAAAGUCAAUGCGACUAGACACAAAGUAGCCCAGAGGCCACUUUUCUUCCUACAUCUUCUUAUACUUGUAGGUUCUAUGACCUCACUUCAUAGGUUCCAGGCAAUUCCACUGAAAGGUUUGUCUCCUGAAAUUUUUUAAGUUUGUUUGCCUGACACAUGUAAUCAGAUGUGUAGCAACCGGGGGAAACAAAGCCUAACAUUCUCCAUUGUGGAAAUACACACAGGAGGUUACACUUCCCAGGGUGGAUUUUUCCAGCUUACACAUGUGGGAUGACAUCACAGAAACCACAAAAGCAGCAAAUUAAACUGUAGGAGAGUAAAUACUCCUGACGAGUCUCGGGGGGGACAUUUUUAUGCCUUCUUAACUUUAUGAGAAUUCUCAGGCUGAACUGUAGGCCAUUGUUCCCUGGCAAAUCAAUACAUCAAUGCAUCCUCAAAAAAAAAAAAAAAAAAAAAAAAACCCUUGCUAACACUGUGUCAGAAUGUUCUUAGGAGCCUAUGGUCUCCACGGUGCUAAAAAGAGGCUGGUGCUGGGCCGACUGGCAGGGCUGAGCGUCCUCCUGCCCCUUUGCCACUGAUGUUUACUAAGCACUCUGAGCCAAUGAGACCCCCAGCAGCAGAAAGGGUACAAGGCAGUGACAGGGCAGCAGGGCUAGAUCUUUCUCAUGCACCCUGACCUCUUGCAGACUUUCCUCGUGAGGUGUACUCAUUUCAAAACUGCUAUAUGCAGGGCUCCCCUACGUUAUCACUCAGGCUGAGAGAUCCUUCCUCACUGCCCACAGCACACUCAGGCUGGAGAUCCUUCCUCACUGCACUCAAGACGGCCCCAGCCAGACACCAGUUACCCAGCUGAAAGUCACAAACCCUCCCAGAAGUCUACCAACACUAGUGCUGACCAGAGGUGGGGCUCUCAGGCUAGGAGUUUCACACACUAUGACAGGCUGCUGGGGGACACUGCAGGACCCCUUUUCUCCUCCUCCUCCCAUGCUAAAGCCAGCCCUAGGCAGUUGCAGUUACUCCCUGUGACUCAGCAGCAGGCUGAUUCAACACAGCUGCCCACAGGAAGCCAGUGGCCAAUACAUCUGUUUACCUUUCCCUAUCACCCAGACACAAGCCCCUUUCCCAGGUCAAACCCCAGGCCAAUGCAUCUCCAGUUUCUGACAGCCAAAUUGCUAUUUCCGUUGCUACUUUAGAUCAGCCAAAGUGGUGACUGCUGCAGUGUGUGGCUGUCCCUACAAGGCCCACCCAAGGGAUGCCCAAAGCCCAACCUUCUCCAGGGCCACAGCCCAGAGCAACCCCACCAGCCUGAGUCCAGCAGAGGACCUCCCACCCAAUGUCUUGUUCUAAUUAGAAGGGGAAGUUAGCCAUAGAAAAUCAACUUAUAAUUACAAAAUUCUCUUAACUCACCUUAAAGUUCCUAUUGACAUCUAUUGCUUUUAAACCUAUUUGAAAACUCUGAUACUAAAACAAAUGGCACUCUAAGAAAGUUUGAGAGCCCCAUGCUGAGAACCAUUUCUGUGCAGUGAAGAUGUUUCCAGAAGCUACUUACCUACAUGUGAAUGUGCCAUUUUCUUUCCUUUUGUAGAGAAAAUCCCCUUCACUUUUUGGAACAGUAAUGACAGCUUCUAGUACAGCCAUUUACAGUUUCAUAUGAGAAAAAUUAAGAAUAACUAUUAAAUUGUUAAAAUAGCCAACAAUGGAUAAUGAUGGCCAGAAGAUUUAACACAUAAAGUAAUUCUCAGUGUAAAGCUAUUCAGCUCUUCCAGGUAGAAUGCCCUGGAACCCACCCAUCCUGACCUUCCACAUCGUCUUCAAAACGCAGUUUCCCUGUUCCCCGUGAUUCUCCUAUAAGGUAACUCUCUAGUCCUCCAUUUAGCACAUAUUAAAUCCUCCAAAGAAUAAGUAUCAUGUGAUUAUUUUAGUUUUACAAAAAAAAGGUGAAUGGCAUUUUAUUUUCAUGGCCUAUAAGCAGGUACAUUAGUAGGGCAGUGACAGGAAAAACAAAUUAGACCAAAAAAAAAAAAAAAAUCCUCUACAAAUCCAAGGCAGGAAAAGUGGUGGCAGAGUGACUCAUUCUCCUGUCCCUCCCAUCAAGUCAAAUCGGGAGGCUGUAGUGAAUGCUUGUUCUUUGAAUGUGUGGCAAUUGUUCCUGUAACUCUUUAAAACGUGGCUAUAGGCUAUUUAGCACAGUAUACAUUAAAGAUACAGUUAUGUAAACCAGCACAGUAAUUUUAUAGUGCUUCGUCCAUUUAUCAUGCUUUGGUUUGCUAAUUUUUUCACGUACCUUUUUAUAUCAGUCUGUUGCUUUUGUACACAUCUCUCAUAUUGGGGUUUGACAAGUAGACACAACCUGCUAUUUCAGUAGAAAAAAUGAUUGUUACAAAUAUUAAACCCAAUAAAUAGUAUAAAGGUAAA